CAGGCACACCACGCGUUUACUUCCAUGGAAAACCGGCCUUCCGUUUCCAUUUCACUACUUUGUAGCUACAGCCAACAGUCGUCACACCAUCCAUCCAUCGCCCUCUCGCUCUGUCUCCCCCUCACUUUCCUCUCUCUAGAACUAAAGGCCGGACAGCAUUAUCUCUCCCUCCCUAUUUAUCUAUCUCUCUCUCUACAGAGACGAGAGGGAGUGCAGCCGGAGUCUGGUCAGUACUCUAGCUAGGUUUCUCUCCUGGUGUUCUGGCCGGCCGUCUCUACAGGAGGCUAGCUUGGUGGAUCCAUGGAUAUGAUCUCCAGCGACAGCAGCGCUGAAGAAUCUGUUCACCACCACAACCAUCAGGAGCAGCACCAGCACCAGAAGGAGGCGAUGAGCACUGCCGUGGCAUCAGCAUCACCGCAGACGGAGGAAGGGAGGAAUGGCAAGCAGGCGGCGAGCGGUGGUGGUAGGGAGCGUAAGCCUCGGCCUGCACAGGAUCAAGGGCUCCAGUGCCCGCGGUGCCAAUCCACCAACACCAAGUUCAGCUACUACAACAACUACAGCAUGUCCCAGCCGCGCUACUUCUGCAAGGCCUGCAGCCGCUCCUGGACUCAAGGCGGCUCCCUCCGCGACGUCCCUGUCGGCGGCGGGUGCCGCAAGAACAAGCGCUCCUCCGGCUCGUCCUCAUCCGCCUCGGCAUCGUCGGGUUCCUCCGGCUCAAGCUCCAAGAUCAACAGCGACCCCAACGUGCUCCCGACGUUUACGUCGACCGGCUUCGAGCUUCCCAGCAGCAACCAUCAGAUCGGCAACGGCUUCUACGGUCCUACCACUGGCGGUGGCAACGGGAUGGUGAUGCCGAUGCAGUCGUCAUUUGGAUUUGGUGUGAUGCAGCAUCAGCAUGGGAUGGGUGGGCAUGCAGCAGCAAUCGGUGGCGGUGCAACUGCUGCUACACAAGGGGGGCAGUGGCCGACGACAUUACAGCAUGGGAAGAACAGUGGCUAGUGAUGGUGCACAUCAGCAGGGCACUUCGAAUAACAAUGUGAUGAUGGAUAGCAACAAGAAUAGCUGCUCAUCAACAAGGGAGUACUGCUGCUGCUGCUGCUGCAAAUAAUCCGUGGCAAGCAGGAGGUCUCAUCAAUAGCGGCUCCCUCAUCUGGUUCAAUUCCGGUGUAAGUGCAAUCAUCAUGCAUGCUUCAUCCAUCAUGGAAGAAAUCAUGAAUGGUGUACGAAAGGGAACCCAACCAAUUGUGAGGAGUGUAGUUAGAGGAUCGAUGCAUCGGAGUUUGUGGUGAUGAUGGCAACUCAUCGUGAAUCACUUCUUCUUUUUUUCAUUUUCAUGCGUACAUGAGAGUUGGUGAUCAGCUCAUCAAUCAUAUCGGCCAUUAGUCAGUUGGUUAUGCUUCAUUUGGAUCAUCAUUUAAUUUCCAGUGGAUUUCCUUAAUUCCUCCUCUUCUUUUGUUAGUUAGUUUUUUUUCUUCAUUUGUUCUUCUUUUUUAGACUAAAGAUUUUCCUGUAUACUUAGUUUGGAUCAACCGGACGAUUUAACCUGCUUAUAUUAUAGCUUUUUUUAACACCAGAUCUCUUUCCCGGAGCCUUUGUUGGAGGCUUUUGACGGGGUGUGCGAGACCAGGGACUCGAGCCCCGACCGGCUCCCUCCACCGUUGGAGGUUUGCCACCGGGCUACAAGCCGGUUAGCUAGAACCAUGCAGGGUAUACUUAAGAAAAAAUAAGAUCAUUGGUAACAAUAUAUAAUUGGUUGCUGCUGAUAUCCAUCCUUUAGUUCUCUUCUUUUUUUGACUUGAACAUGCAUGGCAUUCUAUAUGGGGACCUUCCUUUUUAUGCUUUUCAAUUUGAAGAUGCAGUGCAGUGCUACUUUUCAUUCCUCCAUCUUUUUAUCUAUCUCUGGUUAUGCCGUUAUGCGUCGGUUUCAUUACUGUUCUGCUUAAGAUAGAUAGGUAGAUCGAUCAGUUGGAUCCACUGGUUGCUGGUACGUACAGAGGAUGGGUAUACAAAAGAUCCAUGAUUCAGCAUCAACUGGUUGAUGCCUAUCCUUGGAAAAAAUGCUGGAAAAGAAGAAAAGAGAGAGGAGAUAAUGUAGCAAAGUUUCAAGUGGGGUGAUGGUAUGUGAACGCCUCCCAAGAAAACACAUAUACUUGUGUCCAUGCAACGCAUGAUUGGUAACUCCCAUUAGGCCUUGCUUGCCAUCGAUCUACACGGGGAAAAGGCAAGGAGAGCAUUGGACAUCUUCUACUUUCUACUUUCUAGCUAGCCAUCGUCUAUAGCAUACAGCGCACACAUCAGUAGCGUGUUAAUCAGAAACGCUGCUGAGAAUGCUAGAGUUGCAUCCUGCACGCUAGACACCAAGAUCUUACACUGCUCAAUAUACAU